UAUCAAUUCGCCCUUUUCCCAUUCACUUGAAUUUGUAUAUCUUGUCCAUUGCUUAGGCAGCCUCUUUCCAAACCAAAAUAUGCCACUCAGUGAUCAUGCACCUAGGCUGGAAUAUCUGAAGAGCUCAGCAAGCUUUUUAGAGGCCGCAAGCCCAUCGACCGCGGCCCAUCUGAUGUCCGUUCACCAUAACAUCAUUCGCGACGAGUUCAAGCCCUUAAAUCAGCGACAGCAAGAAUUUGCUUGUGGAGCAUGUGGGAGCCUCCGAAACUCCAAGUCGACCAGGACUGUUCAGGUCUCGAAGAGGAAAAAGAAGCUUGCAGGCUUGAGUGCUGAGGGGGCUACGGUUCUGAUCUGUCUUCGCUGCCGUCGACGCACCGUCAAACCCUCCAAAAAAGAACCUAUUCGCUCCAAUGAUCCAGUAGUUCCGGUGACUACGGUACCGAAUGCAGUUGCGACUCAAUCCUCAACGUCUACGAGGCCUUUGCCCGGACAGCCAGCCCCUGCACUUGCGGAUCCAGAUAAGGCUGUUAAAUCCGCGGAAAAUGCCAGUAGCAAGAAAAGAGCCAAGUCUCGCAAGCAAGGUGGUCUGCAGGCACUAAUGGCCUCGAAGCAACAAUCUCGCCCGACCUCGUCCCUCGAUCUCUUUGAUUUCUUGCAGCAGUGA